AAGCGAACUGAGCAUGACACUUGAAUAGUUGGAAUUGUAGGCGUAGGCAAAAACAAUACACGACUUUCAUUUUGCGAUUUCUUCCAGCGCCAUUGCAUUGAAGAGUCCAUCUGAUGGAUUAUUCUGCGCCCAAAAGCAAGCUGAAGAAGCUCAGUGAAGACAGCCUCACCAAGCAGCCAGAGGACGUUUUUGACAUGCUGGAGAAGCUUGGGGAGGGGUCCUAUGGGAGUGUUUAUAAAGCCAUCCACAAGGAGUCGGGGCAGGUGGUGGCCAUAAAACAGGUGCCCGUGGAAUCCGACCUGCAGGAAAUCAUCAAAGAAAUAUCAAUCAUGCAGCAGUGUGACAGCCCCUAUGUGGUGAACUACUAUGGCAGUUACUUCAAGAACACAGACCUGUGGAUCGUGAUGGAGUACUGUGGAGCAGGCUCUGUGUCAGACCUUAUCAGAGCGCGGAGCAAGACACUCAGUGAGGAUGAGAUAGCCACAAUCCUCAAAUCAACCCUGAAAGGCCUGGAGUAUCUGCAUUUUAUGAGGAAGAUCCACAGGGACAUUAAAGCUGGGAAUAUUCUCCUCAACACCGAAGGUCAUGCGAAACUGGCCGACUUUGGAGUGGCUGGGCAGUUGACGGACACGAUGGCCAAGAGGAACACAGUGAUUGGCACGCCGUUCUGGAUGGCCCCAGAGGUGAUCCAGGAGAUUGGGUAUAACUGUGUGGCAGACAUCUGGUCGCUGGGCAUCACCUCCAUAGAGAUGGCUGAGGGCAAGCCGCCCUAUGCAGACAUCCACCCCAUGAGAGCCAUCUUCAUGAUCCCCACUAACCCCCCGCCAACCUUCCGGAAGCCUGAGGCGUGGUCGGACCAGUUCACCGAUUUUGUCAAGAAAUGCCUUGUGAAGAACCCAGAGCAGAGGGCCACCGCCACACAACUCCUACAGCACUCCUUCAUUAAGAAAGCCAAGCCCGUGGCCACCCUGAGGGAGCUGAUUGUGGAGGCCGUGGAGGCCAAGGCCAAGAGGCAGGAGGAGCAGCAGAGAGAGCAGGAGGAGGAGGACGAGGACGCGGAGAACUCCGAGGAGGAGGUGGAGGUGGAUGCCCACACCAUGGUGAAGACGGGCCUGGACAGCAGUAGCAGCAGUAGCACCGUGCGGACCUCAGCAGCGGUUUCGACGGGCACGGCCAGUGAAGGGGGACGGACGGUGAUGGAACCCGGUGGCGCCACACUGGAGUCCAACCUGGGCACCAUGGUGAUCAACAGCGACGAGGAUGAGGGGGGAGACGAAAAUGGCACCACAAGGAGAAACAUCACUUCCCAGCAUCCCUUGCGACCCUCGUUCAUGGACUACUUCGACAAACAGGAGUCAAAGGUCAAGGCCCAGGACAAGAACACCCAGGUCAAGCGGGAGUCGUACCUCAUCACUGGCAUCAUCUUCCCGGACAACUGGAAAGUGCCCCAGGAUGGCAACUUUGAGUUUUUGAAGGAACUGAGCUACGACGAGCUGCAGCUGCGUCUGAAGGCCCUGGACCCCAUGAUGGAGCGUGAGAUCGAGGAGCUGAGGCGGCGCUACAACGUCAAACGCCAGCCCAUCCUGGACGCCAUAGAGGCCAAAAAGCGGCGGCAGCAGAACUUCUGACACAUGAACGGGUCCUUGUGUGCAAGUGGACCAACUGCAGGCCUCCUGCCUCUGAGCCCAUGCUUUUCUGCCUCCUCUCUACAGCCCAGCCUGCCAACCCAAAGCAUGACAGCUCAAUGGAGACUCGGACUACUCUGGAUAUAGGGUCUUAUUCUAACAGAGAGGUGUAUUCCCAGAGAGAUCUCUCCACCUCCUCACGUUUUUGGCUGCUGUGCAGUGAGACUCAAAACAGUGAACUCACACCCUAAGAGGGAAUUUAAUUUUGGAGUUGAGCACGCCCGUCCCUACUUUACACUACUUUACUACUUUAGUCUACUGUACUUUAAACUCAAAACAGUCCAACAGACUAACGCCACAGAACUAAGAGACAACAACCCAAGACUUUUAUAAAUUGUAACUCAUAGUGCUGAGUGCCGACAUUCAACCAUUUCCACUACAACUAAAGUGUUAUUUUGUGAAUUUCUAAUGUUUUCUAAUGUCAUUUUGAUGUCCAUUUUGAUGUGUUUAUACCAAAGAUGGUCUUUUCAUGCUACUCUUUGCAUCUUGAAUAGGCAUGCCCAUUCAGUGAGACUAUUUUUGACCACAAGGGACCACAUGAAGUGCUAUAUGGAGAGGAAUGUUACACCAAAAUAUUUCAGUUUGUUUUAUUUCAUUUAUUUAUAUUUCAAGUCAUGAUAUUAUAAGUAUCUUUAC